UCCAGGACUAAGCAACAGCAGGGUUAAGCUGAAAGUCCACACAGGGCUGGCUGUAAACGUCUAUUCAGGAGCCACCCGCCCUGGGCAGUCAGUCGGGUACUUAGUUGACCUGAGCGCUCCAGGGAGACGCCCGACCCUAUCCUGCGCGGCCCCCCAGGGACUAGCUCCGCUUCCCCCAAGUCCAGCGAGGCAGGCGCGCCCCGCUCCGGGACAGUCAGUACCAAGCCACGAACCGCGCCGGGGGUCAGAGGACCCGGAGGCCCCGCCCAGCUGCCGGCGCAGCCAAUCGCAGCGCAGCCGGGCGGUGGGGCGGUGCCGGCCGAGCCCAAAUCCGAUGUUUCAGAGGCAGAGUCGGGCGAAACUGGGCCAGAACCGCGACCUCCGCAACCUGAAGAGCGGCCUCCGCCGAGUGCGCCUGCGCAGCUACGACCGCAGCGGGAAAGCGCCGCCGGGCAGGCCCAGCUGUGGCCGGACCAGGACUGGAAGAGACGACGCGGUCGAGGAGGUUUUGAAACAUGAAUCCUACACUUAUCCUCGCUGCCUUUUGCCUGGGAUUAGCCUCAGCUGCUCUAACAUUCAAUCACAGUUUAGAGGCACAGUGGAUCAAGUGGAAGGCGAUGCACAACAGAUUAUACGGCACGAAUGAAGAAGAAUGGAGGAGAGCAGUGUGGGAGAAGAACAUGAAGACGAUUGAACUGCACAAUCACGAAUACAACCAAGGGAAACACAGCUUCACAAUGGCCAUGAACACCUUUGGAGACAUGACCAAUGAAGAAUUCAGGCAGGUGAUGAAUGGCUUUCAAAACCGCAAGCCCAGGAACGGGAAAGUGUUCCAGGAACCUCUGCUUCAUGAGGCCCCCAGAUCUGUGGAUUGGAGAGAGAAAGGCUACGUGACUCCUGUGAAGAAUCAGGGUCAGUGUGGUUCUUGUUGGGCUUUUAGCGCGACUGGUGCUCUUGAAGGACAGAUGUUCCAGAAAACUGGGAAGCUUGUCUCACUGAGUGAACAGAAUCUGGUAGACUGCUCUGGGCCUCAAGGCAAUCAGGGCUGCAAUGGUGGCCUAAUGGAUUAUGCCUUCCAGUAUGUUCAGGAGAACGGAGGCCUGGACUCUGAGGAAUCCUAUCCAUACGAGGCAACCGAAGAAUCCUGUAAGUACAAUCCCAAGUAUUCUGUUGCUAAUGACACUGGCUUUGUGGACAUCCCCAAGCUGGAGAAGGCCCUGAUGAAGGCAGUUGCAACUGUGGGGCCCAUUUCUGUUGCUAUUGAUGCAGGUCAUGAGUCCUUCCAGUUCUAUAAAGAAGGCAUUUAUUUUGAGCCAGAAUGUAGCAGUGAAGACAUGGAUCAUGGUGUGCUGGUGGUUGGCUAUGGAUUUGAAAGAACAGGAUCAGAUAACAGUAAAUAUUGGCUGGUGAAGAACAGCUGGGGUGAAGAAUGGGGCAUGGAUGGCUACAUAAAGAUGGCCAAAGACCGGAAAAACCAUUGUGGGAUUGCCUCAGCAGCCAGCUACCCCACUGUAUGAGCUGAUGGACAGUGAUGAGGAAGGACUUGACCGGGGAUGGCGCAUGCAUGAGAGUUCAUCUCAAUCUUCCAGUCCCUGCUGUGACGGAUACACACUCGAAUCAUUGAAGAUCCAAGUGUGAUUUGAAUUCUGUGAUAUUUUCACACUGGUAAAUGUUACCUCUAUUUUAAUUACUGCUAUAAAUAGGUUUAUAUUAUUGAUUCGAUUACUGACUUUGCAUUUUAGUUUUUAAAAGGAUGUGUAAAUUUUUACCUGUUUAAAUAAAAUGUAAUUUCAAAUGUA